AUGGGCCCAUCGGCAUCCGGAACGGAGGACGAGCAGGCGCUGCUGAGAGAGGAGCGUCCCACAUUUUUUCAGCGCUUCUCGCAGAGCUGGAGGGGAUUCAGGUUUGGAACGGCCACAGGGGGCAGUGGCGAGGGUGGCCAUGUGGAUGAGCCGGUCUCCCCUCACAGUGAAGCCCACUCUCCAGGGGAGGGACCUGUCACAAGCCCAGCCUCCAGCUCCUCCAAUCAGAGCAGCACCUCGGUCUUCGUGGAUUGCGUGCCUCCGGCUCGAAACUCGGAGGAUGAACAUCCGUACGCUGGUUCGUAUCCUGGAUCCUGCCGGCCAAUCCACGAAGGAGAGGAGCAGGCCUUGUUGGUGGAGGGGUGCGGCAGGGAGGCCCGGCCUGGGUCCUCACGGCGCACCGCGCCGCUCCCAAGGCCUUCGUCACUGCAGCGUGCGAUGAGCAUGAUUCUGACCCUGAGCCGUUCUGAGAAUAGCGAUGGCAGCCCACCUGAUGACAUGGGCAGGGGAGCAGCCGGGAGUUACAGCAGCGGGGAUGACAGCCCCACAAGCAGAUUGAUCAGGGAGAAGUGGACUGGCAGUGGAAUACGAUCAUCAAGGGGAAACAGAGGGAUGAGUCGCUGCAGCAGUGGGCUGCCGAUGUGCCUUAUCUGCCUCGAGCCCCUGAGUCCCGAGGACUUCGAGAGUGGGGAGGCCAUCACCCUGGAGUGCCAGUGUCGAGGAGAGACUGCCCUCAGGCACCGCAGCUGUGCAGAGAAAUGGGUCAGGGUUAAGGGAGAUCUCAUUUGUGAUAUCUGCCGGUCGCCCAUUCUGAACCUGCCCCCGCCGCCGCCCCGAUCUGAAGGUGGCGAUAACAGCGACGAUAGUGAAGAACCCGCAGGCACCUGGCUUUCUCGCUUUCCUGGCGCCACGGAUGUCUUUGACUGCAUCCGCAUGACCUGGGUCGUCACGAUCGUGUGCAUCCUGUUCUUCGAGUUUCAGAUAAUGCAGGCCCUGUUCACAGGCAUGGUCGUGGCGGUCUUGUACGCUCUGUUCUGCCAGAUGAUGAAGUGCAUGUACAGCCGGCGCUCGGAAGAGGAUGGGUCGUCCCGUUCUGCGCCCACGCAGGGUGAACAGCCAGCCAACCCCGUCCUGAUGGGCGCAGCAGUUGUGUGA